UUUGAAUUUCUAAGAGAAACGGAUUUUAAUAGAUUGUCUUGGCGUCAUUGUUUUGACGACAUACAUUUGAUGUCUGCUCAUAUCCCAAAUGAAUAUGACACACAUCCAGAAGGAACCUGCAUCAUGUUUUAUCAAAUAUUUCCAACUCUUGAAAACAAAUAUCUUUAUUUUCAAAUAUUAGAACCUGAUGUAACUCCAUUUCGGUAUAAUUUUGCUUGGUUGCAAGAGAUAGUUGCUAUGACACAGGACCACAAUGAUUUCUGGAUGAAAGGUAGUGUCAGUGCUUGUCCAUCAGGUACUGCGUGGAUAGAUUAUCAUAUCAAUGGCAAUGCUUUAUAUAAACUUGGUGACCGUGGCUUUGACGCAUAUCUUCGAAGAGUGAAAAGACGAUAUAUUCGGAAAAGAAACGGUAGAAUUGUCCAAGGAUGUUCGGGUACUUCCUAUGGAGGAUAUGACGUCUCUAUUUUCCAGUAUUUAUAUUCAUCACGUACUUUCGAAGAAUGGGAACGACCAUUCUCAAUUACUGCAACUUUCCUUUAAAUAUUGAAGAGAUUCCGUCCAAAUAUCCCAACACAGUGAUGAUU